GGAAGAGCGGAAAAGCCCAUCGCCACCUUCCUCCUCGGAUCCACAACCCGGACGCCCCACCCGGGUCCUUUCUUCCUCCCUCCCAGUCCCACUCCCAACACCGACCGCCCCUCCUCAUCACACCUCGCAACUAUUUUAGUCUAACCGAGUCCAACCAGUGGCAAGCGAGCGAGAGGUGGUGGACGGAACCGUCGCCUGCUGCGGGCUGCCCUACGAGAUCUAGGCAAGCGAGCGAGCGAGCGCGGCCAUGGGUGCUCGCUGCUCCAAGCUCUCCGUCUGCUGGUGGCCUCCCCGCUUCAAAUCGCCGAUGCUCGAGAAUGGCGCCGCCGAAGAUGACGGCAGCGGCGUGCCGGUGUUCGCCGAGUACAGCCUCGCCGAGCUCCGGGUGGCCACCGACGGCUUCGCCACCGACCGCAUCGUGUCGGAGCACGGCGAGAAGGCGCCCAACGUGGUCUACCGCGGCACGCUCUUCAGCUCCGGCCGCACCGUCGCCAUCAAGCGCUUCGGCCGCUCCGCCUGGCCGGACUCACGACAGUUCCUGGAGGAGGCGAGGGCUGUUGGGCAGCUGCGCAGUCGCCGGCUGGCCAAUCUGAUCGGUUGCUGCUACGAGAGCGGCGAGCGUCUCCUCGUCGCCGAGUUCAUGCCGCACGAGACCUUGGCAAAGCAUCUUUUCCACUGGGAGACAAAUCCGUUGAGUUGGGCAAUGAGGACGAGGGCUGCAUUUUAUGUGGCACAGGCGUUGGAAUACUGCAGUAGCAAAGGGAGGGCACUCUAUCAUGACCUGCAUGCAUACAGGGUCGUCUUCGAUGCGGAAGGUAACCCAAGACUAUCAUGUUUUGGUCUGAUGAAGAACAGCCGUGAUGGAAAGAGCUACAGUACUAAUUUGGCCUUCACGCCUCCUGAGUAUCUUAAGACAGGCAGAGUAAGUCCUGAGAGUGUGGUUUACAGUUUUGGCACUGUCUUGCUUGAUCUCCUGAGUGGAAAGCACAUUCCACCAAGUCAUGCACUCGACCUUAUAAGAGGGAAGAACUUUCUAGUGCUGAUGGAUUCUUGCUUGGAAGGUCAUGUAUCCAGCUCCGAUGGAACUGACUUGAUGCGAUUAGCAUCCCGCUGCUUGCAAUAUGAAGCACGUGACCGGCCAAAUUUGAAAACGGUGGUAUCCGGUCUCGAAUGUCUCCAGAAAGAUGUUUCUACUCCUUCACACACUUUGCUGGGGAUCCAACAUGAUAAUAAAAACUCAGAUCGAAUUUCUUUAUCCGCUAUUGGGAAAGCUUUUGCCAGAGCAGACCUGAAUGAGGUGCACGAAAUAUUACUGCAUGAUGGAUAUGAUGAGGAUGACACUGCUAAUGCUGAGCUAUCUCUCCAGUCAUGGAAUGAUGAUGUAUCUGAGAGCUUUGUUGUUAAGAGGCAUGCAGACAACGCCUUUAGGUCUAAGGAUUACUCGACUGCAAUUGAGUGUUACUCAAGGUUCAUCGACUCAGGUGCAGGGGUGGCUCCAACCAUGCUGGGGCGGAGAUGCUUCGCAUAUGUGGUGGCUGGCAACCCACAGGAAGGCCUUGAGGAUGCAAAGAGAGCCGAGGUUAUUGCAUCGGACUGGCCGAUGGGACACUACCUGCAGGCCUUGGCACUUCACAACCUGGGAAGGGAGGCUGAAAGCCAAGAAGCACUGAAGAAUGGCACUGCCUUGGAAGCUGCAAUGAAUAGUAGAGCUAGAACUGUAUAGCCCUGAAUUUGUGAUACCCUGUCCUGCUUGUACCUAGAUCGCCUCCCUCCAAUGCUUCGUCACCAGUAGGGGCUGUUUUUGGUAUUCCCUAACUUGUAUCGGUAUUUCCCCUAGUUUCACAAGUCGAAAAAACUCCUAGGGGCUAGUUUGGAUACUUUGGGAUUAGAGUGUUUUGAAGGGAUUGGAGAGGGUGUAAAUCCCUAAUAGAUCAAAUACUCUCUCAAUACAUCUCAAUCCACUCCAAUCCCACUCGUUACUAGAGUAUCCAAACUAGGCCUAGGCUGGCUGUUGUUACACCUCCAAUAUAUUUAUGAAUACAGGAAUGGGCAACUAGCAUUCUGUUGAUGUGAGUUUGUAAAGUGAGAGUUUCUAUUUAUUUCAACAAAUUCAUGUACAUACACACUUUUGAACCCUGCAACUUAAGAUAUUUGAGGUCAGGCAAACUUC